GACGAGACCAGCGGUCCAAUUGCUGACAAGAAAAUCAAAGGGUAGGAAUGGGAAUGUAUCCAAUCAGCGUCGACGUUGUUUCAGAAGCAUGAUGGGCGAUGGAGCUACCGCCAAAGGAUUCGUUGGUGUUCGGUAGAACUCGGCAGAGUCGUUUUUGGUCGUGAUGCAGAUGUAACAUGGACGCCGCUGGUGACUACAACCAGCAUGGAUACCGGAUCUCAGCAGCCACUGAAUUCAGUUCGGUCUCCUCUCCAGUAUCCGUUCGAGAGGAGAACUAUGGUGGAAAAACUUAAUGUCAAAGAGCUUGGACCAGAUCAGCCCGACGUUAAGAUAAGCCAGCAGGAGAAGGAGAGAGGUAAACUGUACACAAGAGGCUUCUGGGAAGGCUUGGCUAGCUGGAUGCAAUCACGCUAAUGCGUUAUUUUGCUUUCCGUGUUUGUUAUUCAAAACGGCUGGGACAGAUAAGGCAUGGAUGAGUCAGGAGUUACAGACAUGAAACAUUUUUCUGAGAAGGUGAAGAAACACGAGUCAUCCCGGGCACACAUGGACAACAACACGGUGAAGCUAGCCAUGCUAGGCAGCAGAGCUAACGUUGCCAUGCAGGGAACAACAGCAGCUGGGUGCAGAGAGGAACCAGAGACUUUCCUGAGGAACACCAUGACACAGGAUGGGCUGAAUGCUCUUGUCAUGCUCUCCAUGGGAAAAAAAAAGCUUGUCACAAACAUUCCUGACUUCAAUAAAAAGCUAAUCGAGAGCUUUGCCACUCAGAAGGACAGAAGGGCAAAAUUUCUGUACAAAUGAGCUACCAUGGCUCCCAGCUUGGCUCAGGCUUACAGGCGGAGGUGGUGGAUGGCCGUCACGGCCAUCAUGGAGAACCUGCUCUUCUCUGCAGUUCUGCUGGGUUGGGCCUCGCUGCUCAUCAUGCUGAAGAACGAGGGCUUCUACUCUCACUUGUGCAUUGAAAAUGAGACGGUUCUCACCAACGAGACCGCAGUUGAAGAAAGUGGUUGGAGGAGCUGUGUGGAGCAAGAUGAGAUACUGAAUCUUGGCUUCACCAUCGGCUCCUUCCUCCUUAGUGCGGCCACGCUGCCCUUGGGGAUCCUGAUGGACAGAUAUGGGCCGCGCCCGCUCAGGCUUGUUGGGAGCUCGUGCUUCGCAGCCUCCUGUGCGAUGAUGGCUGUUGCUGCCUACGAUCCUGCAGUGCUGUCCGUCCUGAUCUUCUUUGCUGUCUCCUUUAAUGGUUUUGGAGGAAUCUGUCUGACCUUUACUUCACUUACGCUGUCCAACAUGUUUGGGAAUAUACGACUAACCAUCCUGUCCUUGAUGUUUGGCUCCUACGCUUCUUCAGCUGUGACCUUCCCAGGUGUCAAGCUGAUUUAUGACGUUGGUGUGUCGUUUCGGCUCAUCAUGUGGGUGUGGACUGGCAUGGCCUGCAUGGUCUUCCUCAACUGUUACCUGAACUGGCCUGGUGAAUCCUUUCCAGCGCCUGAAGACAUCAGAUACACAGAGGAGAUAAGGAUGAACAGAGUUGUCACAGAGUACAGGACAACGGGGGACAACCAUGAGACGGUCACAGAAGAUGAGAGUGGGACGUCGCAGCUAGAACACAACCCGAGGGGCUCUCGGACCAAAGCUUCGGUGCCCUUUUGCCAGUCUGUGUGCUCCCCCAUCUUCCUGUGGAGCAUCCUCACCAUGGCUGUCACCCAGCUGAGGCUCAUCUUUUUCAUGGGUGCCAUGAAUAAGAUGAUCGAGUUCUUGGUCAUUCAUGGUGACCCCCACCCCUCUGAAGAGCUUAGGAAGAUAGUGAAGGAGCAAGUGGGUUUCUACUCCUCCAUCUUUGGUGCAAUCCAGCUUCUGUGUCUACUGACAUGUCCCUUGAUUGGUUACAUCAUGGACUGGAGGAUGGAAGAGUGUGAGGCAGAAGAUCCAAACACACCCAUGAACCUAAGCCAAUCAGAUCACCCAAAGAGAGACAGAAAGAUCCAGAAACUGACCAAUGCCAUCAAAGCAUUCAUCUUCACCAACCUCCUUUUGGUCGUCUUUGGAAUUAUUUCCUUGAUUGACAACUUGCCUUUACAGGUGGUGUCAUUUGUCCUUCACACCAUCGUGAGAGGGUUUGUCCACUCCUGCUGUGGGGGUCUCUACGCUGCUGUGUAUCCAGCCAACCACUUUGGGACCCUGACGGGUUUGCAGUCAAUGAUCAGCGCUGCCUUUGCCUUGCUCCAACAGCCACUCUUCAUAUUGAUGGUGGGACACCUCAGCGGAGAUGCUUACUGGAUCAACGUGGGCCUCCUCAUCCUCUCCCUGGCCUGCUUCCUGUUACCUGGCUAUCUCUUCUACCACCGUAAGAACCUGAUCCGAGAAAAGGCUCAUCGAGACACGGCCACUGCUCAGCCAGGGACGGACAAUGUUUUAACCCAAUCAGAAAGCGGACUGUCUCAGACCCAAGCCAACGGGCUUUCAGCAUAAGGACACACACCCAGCAGCGAGGCCUUUAUGGUGUGUGUGGGGGGGUGGGGGGUUGGACCAUCGACAUACAUAUAUAUGGACAAUGGCUUUCCAUAGGCUCCAAUAACACGUUUUUGAGUUAAAAUGGGAGGUGGCCACCACCGCCAUUUUGACCGUGUCACAGGUUCCGUCAAGCCCAGACAAUUCCAUAAAAGGGAAGAAAGGUGGAGCUGAGGGUGGGGCUGUAAGGCUGGGAUCAACUGACGACACUAGUGAUGUGACGUUCACGAACGAAUCGAAUCUUUUGAACGGGUUUUCAAAGUGAAUGAUGAGAGCCGAGUCCCUGCAGGGAGCCGUUCAUCUUAACAAACCUCCCCGGAAGUCGUCAAACUCACCCGCUCAAACCCCGCCCACCGCUGUGACAGACGUAGGAGGAACCAUAGAUAUGUUUAUAAACACGUGUUCAUAUACAUAUCUAUGGUAGGAACGCUAACCAACCCUGUGCGCCCUCACGGACACCGCAGGAAGACGUUGUUCUUGAUCCCCCCCCCCCCCCCCCCCCCCCCCCCCGCUCUCUUGGCUCCACUUAGUUCAAAGGAGCCAGUCUUUUGAACGGCUCCCAGGAAAGAGCCAUAUAUCCCAUCACUAGACGACACCCGUCGAACUGAAGCUAAUAUAGCUACAAGCUAACUUGAAGCUAACCCAAAGCUAAAGCGGAGGUGGGAGCUAAGCUAACGGAGGUAGCUACGUAGCUACAACCGGAGUUAACUGUGCACAACAGCAGAGCUUCUGAGUCAGAGAUGUGCCGGGCUGACCGCUGGGUAAAACCGGGUGGAACACAGAGGUCUCCCGAGAGCUCCACAAGCCGGCAGCCGCACAGCAGACAAGCGCUGCGGAGAUCAAAGAUGCGCCGAGCUGAGGGGAGGGAGACCACACUGAUAGUCAGAACCCAGCUCCACCAACAUGUUAUAUUUCAACCCAUUUUCUAAAGUGCAGCAUUAUGUUAAAUGCACUGGGUUUUACCCUAUUACAUUUAAAUGUCAUGGUUAAACAGUACAUGUUAAAAUCUAAGCUCAGCUCGGCAGUGACCUAAAAUACAUAAAUAUAAUUUUACUUACCGAAAAAAAUGAAGUGGAGACUCCUUGGACGCUCUAUUAGUGCAAUUAAUGCCACAGCAAGUCAUUUUGUCCAACAAUUGCACAAAAAUAUCCCAAAAAGAAAACACAAACGCUACAACUAAUGGUCUAAGAUGAGAGACUGUAAAUGACGGAACAGUUUCCAGGCCAGACCGAGGCUCAGGCUGAGGCCUUUCCACGGAGCUAGCUCUGUGGUCACGUGGGUCUGAUGCUCAUUAAUUAUACCGAAUUUUAGGCUUUUAAUACACUUAAACAGAAGAGUGAGAAAAACAUUCACCCCCCUCAGAGUUGUCAUGAGUGUAAACUAGAUCAUGGGAGUCAAUGAGUAUUUGCUCGCUUCUGACACCAGCCCCCAGUGGAUGAGGGUGGAACUGCAAUUUUUGUCACUUCCGUGUUGGCUUCAAUUUCAGACCCGCAUUGUGGGGGCCUGGUGGGAACAGAGGAGUUUACAGGAGGUGCUUUGUACGAGAGAAAAGAAAAAACUGGUAAUUGUGUUUUUGUUAUUUCUGCAGAACUCGGUUCGUAGUCCAACACAUUUCUGAGAUGUAGCAAAGGAGACUCGAGUUGAAAUAACACCGAACUAGGCCAAACGUUUCAUUUUGUGUUGCUGAUGUUAUUGCAUUGAUAUUUCUUUAGUUUUUACAGCUACUUGUUGUAGUUGUUAACUGAAAAACAACGAUAUAAUAAUAAUAAUUUUAACCUGUAGGGGGAGGGCCCCACACCCCCGUUGUGCCCUGAUGCUAAGAUGAUAUUGAAGUUUUUCUUUAUGGGAAAAGUUUGAAAGUAUGAUAAGACUGUGGGUAUCCUAAAUGAACAGGACUUCUGUUAUAUUAGUGCAGCCUUUGCUAGUUGAAUAAAUAAUAAUCAGAGAUGGUUAUUUAUCACAACACCAUGUCACUCACAAUCCUGCAGUUACAACCGGCCAUAACACUGACGUGGUGCUUAGAGGAGGAAGAAGAAAGGAUCUUCUUUCCGAGUCAGAGGACUCCAAAGUACUUUACACUACAGAGAAUCAUUCAUCCAUUCACACACUGGGGGUGAUGAGCUACGUCGUAGCCACAGCUGCCCUGGGGCGCACUGACAGGGGCGAGUCUGCCGAGUCAGGCGCCACCGGUCCCUCCGACCCCCACCAACAGGCAAGGAGGGUUCAGGGUCUUGCCCGAGGACACAGUGGCAGAAUUGCCUGCAGGGAGCCGGGAUCAGUUGUGCAACCCUCUGAUUACUGGACAACCUGCACUACCUCCUGAGCUACUGCUGCCCUGGCAGCAAUACAAGGCACUUCAGAGGAACAAUACAAAUAUUAAUGAAAUGAUUCUAAUAAAGGGGUCCUGGAGGGUAUGUGGGAGUUCGCCCAUCCAAAUGUGUUUUGUGGAUUUGGAGAAGGCCUUCGACCACGUCCCUCGGGGGCCCUGUGGGGCCUAGUGGGGGUACUUCAGGUGUAAGGGUACCAGACCUAGUGUUGGGAAAGUUUGUUUCAAAGACAAACUAGUUCAAAGUUCAAGAGGAAAAACAGUUUGAUUGGGUUUCAUAAAAAGGUGAGUUAUCAGUCAACCAGAGGGAUUACUUAGGCUGACACAGGAAGCAAGGAUGUACCUCAAAUUGAAAUAUUCAGAGUGCAAAACAUUUAAUUAUCUUUAAAUUGAGGAACUUCUCAAAUUCAGUGAAUUUUCUAAAUUUUUUGCCCAAAGAAAAGGUUACUGAGCUUGGGUCAUAAAGAGCAACACGCAGCCCCAAAUAAUGUAGUAAACAACAAAGCAAAUAAAUAAACACAUAGUUUAUUAGUUUGCGCACGCCAUAACGACAGUUCACAACACUGACCAGGCCCUCUGAUACAGGCUGUUAGGCCCUUAUGCUGCAUCUGCAGGGAUGCGGGCGUUGUACCGGUCUGUCGUGGUGAAGACAGAGAUGAGCCAGAAGGCAAAGCUUCGAUUUACCGGCCGAUCUACGUUCCUACCCUCACCUGUGGUCUUGAGCUUUGGGUAGUGACCGAAAGAACGAGAUCACAGAUACAAGCGGCCAAAAUGAGUUUUCUCCGCAGGGUGGCUGAGCUCUCCCUUAGAGAUAGGGUGAGAAGCUCCGAGUAGAUCUGCUGCUAGUCCACAUCGAGAGGAGCCAGGUGAGGUGGCUCGAGCAUCUGAUUAGGAUGCCUCCGGGACGCCUCUCUGGUGAGGUUUUCCAGGCACAUCCAACUGGGAGGAGACCCAGGACACGUUGGACGGAUUGUUUCUCUCGGCUGGCCAGACAAUGCGUUGGGAUUCCCCUGGAAGUGCUGGCCCAAAUGGCUGGGUAGAGGGAAGUCUGGACCUCUCAACUUAGGCUGUUGCCCCCGCGACCCGGCUCUGGACAAUGGAUGGAUGGAUGAUUUAAAAAAGAUCGUAGAAAAUAGAGAAGGCUGAGGGUAGCAGUUGCUCGACCAGUUUUCUGGCUAAAAGCACCCACAAACUUCCAUUAGCAUUAGCAUUAGCUACAUAGUCUCAGUUGGGUGUCGAUCAUCUGGCCCCACCCUCACAGCCCCUCUCUCAGCUCAGUUUUUGUAUUUUCCGGGAGUCAUGAGACGUGCAACUCGGCUAAGAUGGCGGUGGUAUGAACCGCCCCCUAGGCUUCCGUUCAGCUCUUCAAAAACUCCCGAGCGAUGAGGCGGAGGGUUUGUCCGUGUUUUCUUCACUCAUUGUUGAACACUCACUCCGAUGACGCACCACAAACACCCAUAAGGAAGCCCUGUUGCCUCUGAGCAACAGUCUGGGAGAAAUAGGUCAACAGCAAAACAUCUAUUGUUAAAGCCAAGGUCAUCCCUUCAUACACACACACACACACCCUUAUAUGCAUGUUUUAUUUCCCAUUUUUCGGGGCUCCUGGGACAUUUUAAGCUCCAACAAAUGUUUUAUGCUUCAUAGAGGCUCAAAGAUCAGUUUAGCCGUUACUUAAACACACUGUACAAAACUCAACACACAAGGUAAACACGACACAGCAACUGGGAUCAUUUGUCAAAAUGUCACUCUGAUGACACAUACUUGCAUCAUAAUUAAUUCUGAUCAAUAGUUCCUGAUCGGUGUGCCUGCUUCUGGUUGCCUAAAAGUUGUUUUAAGUCUGUUUUGAUUUCUUGCACAUAUCGUAAAUGAGAACCGUCGUUGUUCUUUAGAGCUAAUUACAGUAUGUGUCUGUUGCUGCUGCCUCUUGGCCCUGAUCACUGUUGUAAAUGACAAUAAGCUUCCAUAAAAAUCAAUCAAUCAAUCAAUAAACAAAACAUUCAGAUCA